ACCAAAUAAAUCAUUAUGAACAUUAAUAUCACCUUCCGAUACCCUAUUUCUGUCUGCCUUUAUCCGAAUAGCUCUCGCCAUGUUGAACGCAACGAAAUGUUUGCUCCGGGUCGGAUGGCUUACCACAUUGAGCUGGAAGAUGAAAACGCCGAGACGGACAUCCCCACGACGGUAAUCCGAUCGAAGGCGGAAGUUCCUCUCGUUGCUGGGGACACCCAAACAUUGACAACCAAUGACAUCGUUAUCAACAAGUUGGCCCAAAUCCUAUCCUACCUUCGCCAGGGUGGGCGUGGCAAGAAAAAUAAACGCCGGGACAAGGAUAAGCCGUUGUUCAAACUUCCGGAAGAUAAAAACAUGGAUGACUCAAUAUAUGGGGACAUUGGAGAGUACAAACCCACUAGACGUUAUGAAGCAUCGUCUUCGAAGCAGGAUGAUAGUCAGUCUAAACAUAGAUACUUCGAUAAACCAAGCGAACAAGAGGAGCGAGAAAUCGGAACAAUUCAAAUUCCAGCUCCACCAAAACUGUCUGCCCAAUUGAUCACUAAGCUAACUGCAGAACCAGAAGGAUACGCCGAAUGUUAUCCUGGGUUGCAGGAAAUGAACGAUGCUAUCGAUGAUUCUGACGAUGAAGUAGACUACACAAAGAUGGAUCUGGGCAACAAGAAAGGACCUAUUGGGCGAUGGGAUUUCGACACUCAGGAAGAGUAUUCUGAUUAUAUGAGCAGCAAGGAAGCUUUACCGAAAGCCGCUUUUCAGUAUGGUGUUAAAAUGCAGGACGGACGUAAAACACGGAAACACAAAACGGAGAAAAACGAAAAAGCAGAAUUGGACCGGGAAUGGCAACAAAUUCAGAAUAUCAUUCACAAACGCAAAGCCAAAGAGGGUGGCAGCAGCAACAGCGAUGUUGAUUUCAAGAAAGCUAAACAUCAAUAAAGUUGUAUUAAUUAUGACAUUAUAUUCUCCAUGUUUAUUGGCUUAAAUUUCUACGGUUGAUGCAGAAUGGGUUGCAUUAUAAAGCAAAUUUCAAUAAAUAAACUAUAGUGGA